UAAGAAAAUUCAAAUUCAGAAAAAUCUUGUUAUUAAUAGCAGUUUAAUGUCUCUUUGUGCUAUCAAAAAAGAAGUUUAUUGUCUCUUUAAGCAGGAUAACUAAGAUACAGGAACUUUCUUCUGCUUCACUCGCAAGAUCUCUAAGCAAAGUCAAGAAUGCAGUCCAGUGCUAGGACAGUGAGGAAAGACAAGCCUCGGGGCCGUCAUCAUGGUCUCACUCAACAGAAGAGGCAAGAGAUCAAAGAAGCUUUUGAACUGUUUGACACUGAUGGCUCAGGGACUAUUGAUGCUAAGGAGUUGAAUGUUGCUAUGAGGGCUCUGGGUUUUGAGAUGACAGAAGAGCAAAUCAAUCAAAUGAUUGCAGAUGUGGACAAGGAUGGAAGUGGGGCCAUUGAUUUUGAUGAGUUUUGUCACAUGAUGACUGCUAAAAUUGGAGAAAGAGACACUAAAGAGGAGCUAAUGAAAGCAUUUCGUAUAAUCGAUCAAGAUAAUAAUGGGAAGAUCUCCCCUGCAGAUAUACAACGUAUUGCAAAGGACUUGGGCGAAAACUUCACUGAUAGAGAUAUCCAAGAGAUGAUUGAAGAAGCUGACCGCGAUCGAGACGGAGAAGUGAACGUCGAGGAGUUUUUGAGAAUGAUGAAGAGGACUUCAUAUGCAUACUGAAAUUGAAAUAUGGUUGGAGCUGUACUGUCUUACUGGAGAAGCUGCACCUCCUGCUGUAUUUGAUGUGUACAUGUUGGAUGCUAAAACUCAGCACUGCUUAUCUAUGUUGUCUCAUCUGACAGUGUUUAUGAGUGUACUAAUGUAUGUUUAUAAGUUAACAUUCUUGUUUUUCUAUUUUAUUUUAUAAAUUUUUGUAAUUUUUUAGCAGUUGCAGACCUAAAUAUGAACUUUACCUUAGUCAA